GAUGUCACGAGUAACACAAAGACAAAACUCUCUGUUUCUGACUUAACACAGUACUCAUAAAUCAGAGCCAUUCAAAAUAAGCUGUUUUCAGUUGGUUCAAUGUUAGAGCUUUUUUUUCUUAAACUCCUUCAUUAUUUUCUCCCUUAAUCUUUCCUCUGCAAAAAACUUUUUAACACAAUAAGAAUAACUUAUGGCUUCCUUGAAAUUAGCUUUUUUAGCACUCCCAUAUUUUUUCCUUUUUUCUCUUAAUUUUCAAGUCCAGGCUCUUAAUAUUGGUGUUCAAUCCUCUCUCCAAUUGAGUAAAGAAUGCAGUAGGAAAUGUGAAUCUGAAUUUUGUUCAGUACCUCCAUUUUUGAGGUAUGGCAAAUAUUGUGGACUUCUAUACAGUGGGUGUCCAGGAGAGAAGCCAUGUGAUGGGUUGGAUGGUUGUUGUAUGAGCCAUGACAUUUGUGUCCAAGCUAAAGGCAAUGAUUAUCUAAGUGAAGAAUGCAGCAAAAAAUUCAUAGAUUGCAUGGACAGAUUUAAGGCAGCAGGAGGACGUACUUUCAAAGGCAGUACAUGCAAUGCUAACGAUGUUAUCGAACUCAUUAAAAUUGUCAUGGAAGCUGCUUUACUUGCUGGCAGAGUUCUUAAGAAGCCAUAAAUUAAAGCUUAUUUAGCCUUAUUUUUUUUUCUUUUGGAUUUGGGUUAAUUAAUUAUGUAGGGAAAUUGAAAAGGGAACCAAAUUGCAUUUCAUUUUGAUAAUAAAGUGAAGAUUAAUUCAGUUGCUAGGUACGAAUUGAACUCCUAAUUUAUGAUAUUUUUCCGCAAUUUAACUUGUAUUUGGGGAAUUGGGGUAUAUAUAUGCUUUACUCUCCGCUUUUAAGUUGUUUAAUAUUGACUUUUAUGAUUGCAAGUAUA